GGAUGAUUGUGUGUGUGUCUGGGCGCCGUUCCCGGUACAGGACCGUCAGCCCUGCUAAGGAAAGAACUUGAUAUUUUGUUAGUUUUUUUACAUUAGACUUGUAGCCUCCUGGCAGUUGAUACAUUUCACUCAUUAUGCAGGAUGUCACCGCUGGUUGGGAUGUUUCUCACCUGUCAUCAUCACCGAUCUCUCCGCCCUGACCUGCUGAACUGACACACAAAAUCGUCUGCGGUAAUUUCCAUAAACAGCCACAGUCUACCUGGGGGCAUAUUCAUGGGGAAGCCUCCCGGUAUCUUUUUUGAUUAUGUUUUCAUUCCCUCUUCUUCCACGCGUUGUGUUCGUUUCCCCGGCUGGAGACACUACAUGAAAAACCUGUGGGUGAGCAAAUAUUUACAGCAGGGGGGGUGUAACCUGUUAGAAUAUGUCACCGCGUUUAUCACUUGUAUUUUAAGUGCAGUAAAUGUUUAACUGCAUUUCAAAUUAGUGGACCAGCCCGCACUUGAUGACGACACGCCUCGACGAGCUGUUUUUGGUCGGUCUGGUAUCGCGGCAAUGUGGGGCAGCCGGUUGUAUAAAGACUCAUUUACUCACAGGACAGACGACUGGAAAGAGCUGGGACAGGUGCAGUGAUAACUUUGAGAUUGGCAUGCUGGUUUGGAGGUUAUUUAUGGCAAAGGGGGAAACAAAGGGAUUAUGCGUUAACAAGGCACGUUAUCCACUACCUGAAACUUGAGUGUGACUCCCAAGCCCACUGCCCCAUCUCGGUGGAGUUGAACUCGCCUGGUGCGCUUGAGUCCGUCCGGCCUUGAUUUGCUGACCCUCUGCGCUGGACUCGCCAUGGUCGCAGUGAGGACCACAGAUUUGGCUCCCACGGCCGCUGUCAAGUUUUUCGGAGCCGGAACAGCCGCCUGUGUGGCAGACCUGGUCACUUUCCCCCUGGAUACGGCCAAAGUCAGACUCCAGAUCCAGGGUGAAUCGAAGGUGGAGGGCCAGAAGCUGAAGUAUAAGGGUGUGUUUGGCACCAUCAAGACCAUGGUGAAGACAGAGGGACCACGGAGCCUGUACAAUGGACUGGUGGCAGGGCUCCAGAGACAGAUGAGCUUUGCCUCAGUCCGCAUUGGCCUGUACGACUCGAUGAAGCAGCUCUACACCAGGGAAUCAGAAAAUGCUGGGAUCGGGAGUCGGCUGAUGGCCGGCUGCACCACGGGGGCGAUGGCAGUGGCGUUUGCUCAGCCCACAGAUGUGGUGAAAGUGAGGUUCCAGGCUCAGGUCCGAAAUCCUGAGGUGGGGUCUGCCCAGAGAUACAGUAGUACCAUUGAUGCCUACAGGACCAUCGCCAGGGAUGAGGGCAUUAAAGGGCUCUGGAAAGGUUGUCUGCCAAAUAUAACUCGUAACUCCAUAGUGAACUGCUCAGAGUUGGUGACCUAUGACGUAAUUAAAGAGCUCAUCCUCAAGUACAAUCUAAUGACAGAUAAUAUGCCCUGUCACUUCACUGCGGCCUUUGCAGCAGGGUUCUGCACCACCAUUGUCGCGUCUCCAGUGGACGUGGUGAAGACUCGGUUCAUGAACUCAGUGCCCGGGCAGUACAGCAGCGGCUGUAACUGCGCCUUUACCAUGCUAAUGAAAGAGGGACCCACAGCCUUCUAUAAGGGAUUCAUUCCUUCAUACCUUCGUCUGGGCUCCUGGAACAUAGUGAUGUUUGUGAGCUAUGAGCAGAUCAAGAGAGGCUUGAUGAGGAUGCAGCAGUCCUGGGAGUCUCCCUUCUGACUCCCAUCUCUGUGGGCUGGCACCAGCAUGUUGUCAUGGAUGUACUGAGCUUUAACUGCACAUACGGUACAACAACAGCAAACAUUCAUCCUUAAGAGGGACGAUCUGAAAAUGACUGUGGCUCUGGAUC